AUGAGCCGAGGAAGCCGAACGGCCACGCAGCGCCUGCGACUCGAGUACACCAAGCUGCUCCGGGAGCCCGUGCCGUACGUGUCGGCCCACCCGCUGCCGGCCGACAUCCUCGAGUGGCACUUCGCCGUCAAGGGACCCGAGAGCACGCCGCUCGAGGGCGGCGUGUACCACGGCAAACUGCGCUUCCCCGCCGACUUUCCCUUCUCGCCGCCGUCCAUCUACCUGAUCACGCCCAACGGACGCUUCCAGUGCAACACCCGGCUCUGCCUGAGCAUAUCCGACUACCACCCGGAGUCCUGGAAUCCGUCCUGGUCCAUGUCCUCCAUCCUGACCGGACUGCUCAGUUUCAUGGUGGACGAGACGCCCACGCUCGGAAGCCUGGACACCACGGUCGAGCAGAAGCAGAAGCUGGCGCGCGAGAGCCUCCGCUUCAACCUCGAAGACAAAGUCUUCUGCGAGCUGUUUCCCGAGGUCGUCAAGGAGACCCGUGCGGCCCUAGCCGCUGACGCAGCCGUAAAGGGGGACUGUCCGCAGGUUCCCUGAAGCUACCGCUUCUUCCUGGGUGCUCCCGCAUGUCACAUGUUCCUUAACCUCCUUAUUACUUCUUUACGAUAUGUAGCUGAUUAUGUACGUACCGGUCAGCAACGUCCUCUCCCCGAACUUAGACCUCUGUUUUCGUGGGGUUGAUCGAAUCGUCAAGUUAAAAAACAUCAGGGGAUGUGUUUUAUUAACGAUGAGCCCAG